AUGGCCAGGGGUGAGGUGACGACGAGGGGUGUCUUUGUGGUCGCUCUGGUCGUGGCCGCGGCCUGCCUCGCCGCGCCGCGGGGUGCCGACGGCGCGGGCGAGUGCGGGGCGAUGCCUCCGGACACGAUGGCGCUGAAGCUGGCGCCGUGCGCGUCGGCGGCGGAGGACCCCAGCUCCGUGCCGUCCAGCUCCUGCUGCAGCGCGGUGCACAGCAUCGGGAAGCAGAGCCCCAAGUGCCUCUGCGCCGUCAUGCUGUCCAACACCGCCAAGAGCGCCGGGAUCAAGGCCGAGGUCGCCAUCACCAUCCCCAAACGCUGCAACCUCGUCGACCGCCCCGUCGGCUACAAGUGCGGAGAUUACACUCUGCCGUGA